AUGUCGUUCAACUUUGAGUGGCCGCAGUUCAGCGACGACUUCUACGCCGACGCGCGCGAGAUGCUCGCCCAGGCGCUCAACAAGGGCCAGAAGCCGCCCAUCAUCGCCGACCGCAUCGAGGUCAAGGAGCUCAACAUGGGGACCAUUCCGCCAGAGCUCGAGAUCCUCGAGAUUGGCGACCUGUCGACCGACCGGUUUCGCGGCAUCUUUCGCCUCACUUAUUCGGGCGACGCCUACAUCGUCCUCCAGACCAAGGUUCAGGCCAACCCGCUCAACGUUCCUCGACCCUCACUCGACAUCCUCAGCUCGCCCCGCAUCCUGUUCGCGGCCGCCCCGCUCGUCGUCCCGAUGACGCUGCGCCUGUCGAACCUGUCGCUGCGCGCCAUCGUCGUCCUCGUCGUGUCGCGGCAAAAGGGCAUCACGCUCGUGUUCAAGAACGACCCGCUCGAGUCGGUCAACGUCUCGUCGUCGUUCGACGGCGUCGACUCGGUCGCGGGCUUCAUCCAGCGCGAGAUCGAGAACCAGCUCCGCGAGGCGUUCCGCUCGGACCUGCCGAGCGUCAUCCACCGCCUGAGCCAGAAGUGGCUCAGCGGCGAGGUCAAGAGCGCGGGCAAGGCGGCCGACACGAUCCCGCAGCGCGCCCGAGGCGGCCUCGCACAAGGGUUCAGCCGCGACGCCAAGAUCGAGACGCGCACGGCGUACGAGCCAGGCCACGACGGCGCCGUGCGCGGCAAAGGCCUGUCGCGCCGCAUGAGCGGCAUGAGCGACGCCGACGGUGGCGACAGCGUCGAGCUCGGCAGCCAGGCCGACUCGAGCUGGUCGACCUGGGGCGAGAACCGCAUGGGCUCGUCGUCGGUCGGGAGCGGGAGCGGCGGCGGCGCAGGGGGAGCGUCGUACGGCCGGUCGCCGAGCCUGCGACGAGCGGCCACCUCGGCGUCGGCGGCGAGCGCGGCGGUACGGCACGACCAGCUCGACUCGGUCCCCGAGUCGAUCGAGAACUACGACCCGACCUACGGCCUGAGGCCCGACGCCCUGCCGCACCACGCCGGCUUCGGCGACUACGAGCGCACGGUCAAGGCGGGUGCGUCUCGCCGAGGGCUCGGGGACGUGCUCGAGGUGAGCGAGGACGCCGACGAGGCCGACCUUGUCGACGAGGAGGACCCGUUCGCGGCCCGACGCCGGCCCGGCGACCUCGACGACGACCCGUUCGCCUUUGACCUGCGCGACAUCGCCGCCGACAAGCGAGGCCGGGCGUCGCUCGACUCGCUCGACUACCGCCUCGGCCUCCAGGACCACCACCACCACCACCUCGAGACGAUCCCGGCCGUCGGCGGCGGCACCAUCACGCGCCCGCGCGUGUUCCACACGCAGUCGCAGAUGCGACCGCGCACGGGCUCGACGGGCUCGAUGUCGGCGCACGGCAGCCCGUCGUCCGUCACGGCGAGGAGCGCCGCCGGCGGGUCGUCGACCUCGACGGUCGGGCUCGGCCGGUCGGCGUCGUUCGGGCAGCUCGCCGGCCUCGAGUCGCGCUUCCGGGCACCGUCGCUCUCGGGCGCGUCGAGCGCGCACUUCCCGUUCCCCAAGUACGGCGGGCCGCCGCCGCCGGCGUACCCGGGCAGCGCGUCGCCGUCGCUCGUGCGCAACACGUCGCUCCCGAGCCUGUCGCGGUACCCGUCCAAGGCGUUCCAGCACCGCCGGUCGUCGUCGUCCAUGUCGACCUCGUCCGAGUACGCGCGCACGCCCUUUUUGCGCUCGAACGACCCGUCGGCCUACUCGUCCCCACCCUCGAGCCUCCCUUCUCCCGCCCUUCCUCCUCCUUCUCGCUCUCGACCACCCGCCGACGAUCCCGACGACCCUCCUCAGCUCGCCUACUCGCGCCCCUCGCCGAUCGACCUCCUGUCGCGCUCGCCGUCGUCGGUCCUCAACACGUCCUUCCUCGACGAGGAGCACCUCCCGAUCACGCUCAACCCGUCGGGCAACGACUCGUGCGCGCACCUCGCGACCCUCACAAGCUCGAACCAGACGCUGUCGCCCUUCACGCGCGACCACGCCCACGUCACGGCGCGCAGCGCGCCGUACUCGACCUCGGCGAGCGGGAUCUCGUCCGGCGCGGCGAGGAUGGCGCCUUCUGCGCCCGGGACGGGCCGCGUCGCGCUCGUGCACGGCGCAGGCGCCAUGCCGGGCAGGCCUGGCUCGGCGCCACCCGCACAGCCGGUCAAGGCGGUCCGCAAGCGGCUGCACCGCAUCGGCUCCGCACGGGCCGCCUCGCCCGCGCGCAACUCGGUCCCGCCCUCGCCUGCGCUCCUCAGCGGCGUCGCGUCGUCGUCGUCGUCGUCCGGCGUGGGUGCGGGCUCGGGCUCGGGCUACGGCGGCUACACGCCCGCAGCGCCGGGCACGGUCCCGCCUCGCCGUCCGGGCGCGCCCCUCACCCGAGCGUCGCUCAGCCGGGCGACGUCGCCGCUGAGGAGCAGCCACCUUGCGCCGUCGGCGGCGACGCAGAGUCUGCCCGCUGUCGCCGCUCGAGGGCUCGGCGUCGGAGGAGGAGGCGGCAGCGGUGGAGGGGGCGCGCCGAGCGAGCUGAGCGACUAUUUCCCAACGAGCGGCGCGAGGGAGAUGCUCGAGCGCAUGGGGCUCGGAGCAGGAGGGCUCGGGCGAAGGUGA